GAAGAAGAAUACGACGACAACGACAGUUCAUAUUUAACCGAGCUAAACACCGGAGCAGUCAGCUAAGAGAAGCCGUUAGUUGGAUCCAAAUAACGGCAGAAACCCCCCGAGGAGUUAGUCCGUUAAUCAGAUAUGGGCCGACACCGGAAACAGCCGGAGGUGGUUUUAAAACCGGAAACGAAGCUGAGUGGAGUUUUACCUUCAGAUGUCCAGAUGGUGAUUGUUGGUGAAGAACAUCAGCAGGAGUGGAGCCCCAGUCUGGACCAGGAGGACACAAAGCCCCCACACAUUAAAGAGGAACAGGAGGACCUCUCAACCAGUCAGGAUGGAGAGCAGCUUCAAGGGCUGGAGGAGGCUGUUAUCACCAAGUUUCCAGUCAGUGUCCCUGUGAAGAGUGAAGAUGAUGAAGAGAAACCUCAGUUCACACAGCUUCACCAAAGACAAACUGAACAGAUGAAAACAGAAGCUGAUGGAGAGGACUGUGAAGGACCGGAUAAUUAUUUACAACCAGAUACUGAUGACCAGACUGGAGAUUCAUCUGAAGCGGAGACUGAUGACAGCGCUGAUUGGGAGGAGACCAGAGAACCUCAGUCAGGUUUAAACUCUCUGAAUAAUGAUACAGACCCUGUCAGUGAUUCAAGAUGUAGUACUGGUGAAAAAGAGUGUGGAGACAGAUUUGGCACCAGUGGACAUCCGAAGAGACACUUGAAAACGCAUGCAGGAAGGAAACCAUUUAGCUGCUCAUUCUGUAAGAAAGCUUUUAGACAGAGUGAAGAUUUACAUAGACACAUGAGAAUCCACACAGGGGAGAAACCAUUUAGCUGCUCGGUCUGUAAGAAAGCUUUUGCAGUGAGUGGAAGUUUACAUAGACACAUGAGAACCCACACAGGAGAGAAACCAUUCAGCUGCUCCAUUUGCAAGAAAGCUUUUACACGGAGUGGAAGUUUACAGACACACAUGAGAAUCCACACAGGAGAGAAAGCAUUCAGCUGCUCCAUCUGUAAGAAAGCUUUUACAGAGAGUGGAAGUUUACAUAGACAUAUGAGAAUCCACACAGGAGAGAAACCAUUUAGCUGCUCAGUCUGUAAGAAAGCUUUUACAGUGAGUGGAAAUUUACAGAAACACAUGAGAAUCCACACAGGAGAGAAACCAUUUAGUUGCUCCAUCUGUAAGAAAGCUUUUACAGAGAGUGGAAGUUUACAGACGCACAUGAGAAGCCACACAGGAGAGAAACCUUUCAGCUGCUCAAUAUGUAAGAAGGCUUUUACGAUGAGUGGACAUUUACAGAGACACAAGAGAAUUCAUACAGGAGAGAAACCGUUUAGCUGCUCAGUCUGUAAAAAAGCUUUUAGAGUAAGUGGACAUUUAAAGGCACACAUGAUAACGCACACAAGAGACAACGUUGUUGUGCAACGUUAGACAAAAUUGCUAACUGUAGGCAAAUGUAGCUUAGGAGUAGCCUACAACAAGUUUUUAAAGUGUGCUAUUAAUAGCCUGCCGAGCACCGCUAAAAAUAGCCUAGCGCUGCCGCUGCAGUUACCUCCCUACCAGACGCUUUCUUAUUUUUAACUGUCAAUGCCAGUGAAAAAUAAAUAAUUUGACCUGACGGAUCAUCAGACUCAUUCAUAUCAGAACUGAAACACUGGAACAACAAACCCUGACCCACAGUCUGUUUCCCCAUAGAUGGAUAUAUACUAGAUAUAUAUUGUUUUUUUUUUUUUUUUUAAAGAAAACAGGUUCAGGUGAGAAAGUAUAAGAUAAGCCUUUAACAUUAUCCCACUGCACUGAACAGCAACCCCAUAUUCACAUAUGUUAUGAAUAGGUGAAUGUAUAACCUUUGGUUGCCUGCACAAUGCAUUAUCUGUUGAUUAGUUGAUUACAUUUGCCUUCUGGUUGACAGCACAAAGGAGUGAGGAGAAUAGAGAGGGAGAAGGGCAGAGAGAGCAAGAUGAACAAGGUGAGAAAAUGGCUAGGUAGCCUUGUGUGUGUGUGUGUGUGUGUGUAUAUGUAUGUGUGUGUA